AUGCGACAAAUGCCAAUGAUAUUUACAGUUGGUACACCAGCCGGCAUAACUCUUGCAUUCAGUACUAUCCCCGUGGCUGUUCAUGAAAUGAGGAUUGAUAUAGUUGGCCCACUAUCAGCGGGUUCCAGAAAGGUUGAAGCAGGUCCUUACCAAAAGAUCGACGAGCGCAAAGUGAUCGACUUCCUGUUGGGACACAUAAUUUUCCAGUUCGGAAUACCGAAAGAGAUUGCCUGUGAUAACAGACCAUCAUUCAUAGGCUCCAAAGUCACAAAUUUUUCUCAAAGAUCUAAAAUUAAAAGAAUUACCUCCUCACCAUACCAUGCGAGCGCUAAUGGACAGGUAGAGUCAACCAAGAAGGUUGGAGACUUGGUUUUGAGGAAAGUGACUCAGAACACUCGAAAAAUACACACUGGGAAGCUGGGUCCUACAUGGAAAGGUCCCUACCGGGUUUCAGCUGUCACUGGAAAGGAUCAUACAAGAUGGAAAGUCAAGAUGCAGUCAAAUUGCCCAGCGACUGGAACAUGA